CUCGCAAUGGACAAUGCUCCCUCGAAAAAUUGGGAGCUCACUCUUUAUGAACUGCACAGGAAGCCACAGGAACCAAUCACCGAUGGUACUGAGAUUGCUGUUAGUCCAAGAAGUUUGAAGAGCGAGCUGAUGUGUCCAAUCUGUUUGGAUAUUUUGAAAGGCACAAUGACAACGAAGGAGUGUUUACACCGGUUUUGUGCUGAGUGUAUUGUUACAGCACUGCGUAGCGGCAAUAAGGAAUGUCCGACGUGCCGCAAGAAACUUGUUUCCAAACGAUCGCUGAGACGGGACCCGAAUUUCGAUGCACUUAUUGCAAAGAUUUAUCCAAGUCGAGAGGAGUAUGAAGCACACCAGGACAAGAUUCUGGCAAAACUAAACCGCCAUCACCUCAGUGCAGCUCUCACUCGUUCGUUGGAACAACAACUUGCGUUGAGCAGCACUCGUUCUCGGCCCUGUUCUAAUGGUCGACUACAUCAUAACUCAAACCCUAUUGACGGGAAUGCGGAUGCUGCAGCUAGUGAAGAUGAUAUUUCCACGGAGUAUGAAGCACACCAGGACAAGAUUCUGGCAAAACUAAACCGCCAUCACCUCAGUGCAGCUCUCACUCGUUCGUUGGAACAACAACUUGCGUUGAGCAGCACUCGUUCUCGGCCCUGUUCUAAUGGUCGACUACAUCAUAACUCAAACCCUAUUGACGGGAAUGCGGAUGCUGCAGCUAGUGAAGAUGAUAUUUCCACG